AUGGGGGCGCGCGCCAGCAGGUGGGAGGAGAGGACGGAAGGCCGGGCAGUGCUGCCGCGAGCCCAGGAGGGACGAGGGCCCCGGGAAAGACCGUCGUGCUGGGAAGAAGACAGUCACCGGGACCUGGACGACAGCAGUGCCACCAGCAGCGUGGAGCGUGGCCCAGCGGGGUCCUGGCAGCACAGGGAGGGCCUGCAGACCCCACGACCUGCACCUGCCCUCGCCACACCCGGCCACCCGUCCUGCUGGGAGCGCAUGCCCGGGGCCUGUCACUGCAGCAGGGGGCCGUGCCGGGAAAUGACGCCCAGCCGGUCCCCUCUGACGACGACACCCGCGAACACGGCUCAAAAGACAGCGACCCAGUCAGCGGGCACGUGCCACGUGCCACCCAUGCCUCCUGGGGCUGUGCUGAGCCCACCUGAGCCGGGACCCCGUCCAGCAGAGACACUGGACGGAGGAGACGUGGGUGACGGCCAUGGAGGCGGAGUGCCUGUGAGGCUGCGCCAUGCUCUGCCUCCCCGGGUCCGCUGGGGUCCCGCCCUGGUUCCCUGCUAUCUCACCAAAGUGCGACAAGCCCUGACACAGUCCAGCCACGCUUCACGGUUCUUGACUCAGACCGUUCCUUCAACUGCAAAAGCCGCUGAACGGUCUCUGGAUCAGCGUCUCAUGCUGUCACGGCCACUGCUGCAGGGAAGUCUCAUCAUUGCACGCUACUCGGGGACCCGAGAGUCUGAUCCUGACCUGCACACGCACGAGAGGAGGGAUGAGACAGUGUGUGAUGACACGUGCGUGCAGGGGCAGAGGAGGAAGAGCGGGCUAGAGGGUCUGCUUAUAUACCACCAUUCCUCCUCAGACUCCUCCUCGGCCUCCUCCUCGGCCUCCCCCUCGGCCUCCCCUUCGGCCUCCUCCUCGGUCUCCUCCUCGGUCUCCUCCUCGGCCUCCUCCUCGAUCUCCUCCUCGACCUCCUCCUCGACCUCCUCCUUGGUCUCCUCCUCGGCCUCCUCCUGGGCCUCCUCCUCGACCUCCUCCUCGGUCUCCUCCUCGACCUCCUCCCCGGCCUCCUCCUCGGCCUCCUCCUCGGCCUCCUCCUCAGUCUCCUCCUCGGCCUCCUCCUCGGCCUCCUCCUCAGUCUCCUCCUCGGCCUCCUCCUCGGCCUCCUCCUCAGUCUCCUCCUCGGCCUCCUCCUCGGCCUCCUCCUCAGUCUCCUCCUCGGCCUCCUCCUCGGCCUCCUCCUCAGUCUCCUCCUCGGCCUCCUCCUCGGCCUCCUCCUCAGUCUCCUCCUCGGCCUCCUCCUCGGCCUCCUCCUCAGUCUCCUCCUCGGCCUCCUCCUCGGCCUCCUCCUCAGUCUCCUCCUCGGCCUCCUCCUCGGCCUCCUCCUCAGUCUCCUCCUCGGCCUCCUCCUCGGCCUCCUCCUCAGUCUCCUCCUCGGCCUCCUCCUCGGCCUCCUCCUCAGUCUCCUCCUCGGCCUCCUCCUCGGCCUCCUCCUCAGUCUCCUCCUCGGCCUCCUCCUCGGCCUCCUCCUCAGUCUCCUCCUCGGCCUCCUCCUCGGCCUCCUCCUCAGUCUCCUCCUCGGCCUCCUCCUCGGCCUCCUCCUCAGUCUCCUCCUCGGCCUCCUCCUCGGCCUCCUCCUCCUCCUCCUCGGCCUCCUCCUCGGCCUCCUCCUCAACUUCCUCCUCAGCCUCCUCCUCCUCGGCCUCCUCCUCAACUUCCUCCUCAGCCUCCUCCCCGACCUCCUCCUCCUCGGCCUCCUCCUCAGCCUCCUCCUCCUCGGCCUCCUCCUCGGUCUCCUCCUCGGCCUCCUCCUCGGUCUCCUCCUCGACCUCCUCCUCGGCGAUGNCGGCCUCCUCCUCGGCCUCCUCCUCAACUUCCUCCUCAGCCUCCUCCUCGGCCUCCUUUUUGGCCUCCUCCCCGACCUCCUCCUCCUCGACUUCCUCCUCAGUCUCCUCCUCAGUCUCCUCCUCGGUCUCCUCCUUGGCCUCCUCCUCGGCCUCCUCCUCAGUCUCCUCCUCGGCCUCCUCCUCGGCCUCCUCCUCGGUCUCCUCCUCGACCUCCUCCUCAGUCUCCUCCUCGGCCUCCUCCUCAGCCUCCUCCUCGGCCUCCUCCUCAGCUUCCUCUCUCCCCCCCACCUUCCUUGCUCCCCUGACGUGA